AUGAUGGACUUCGGUAGAACAAAAUAUUACUAUUUUGUCAUUUGGGUAGGAUUGACAUACAUACUUUUGAUUUCAGAUGCAGCCCACUGUGACCCUUGCCCAGAAGACCAAUAUCCAAACCAAGAGAAGAAUCACUGCAUUGAGAAGAAGGUGCACUUCCUUGCAUAUCAAGAUAACUUGGGACACGCUUUAGUUUCUCUCACUCUUUUCCUCUCUGUGACCACAUCUUCAGUCCUGGUGAUUUUCCUUAAACAUCGUGAGACACCCAUCGUCAAGGCCAACAACCGAGAUCUCACCUACAUCCUGCUGGUCUCCCUCCUGCUAUGCUUCCUCUGCUCCUUCCUCUUCAUUGGUCGACCCACAAAGCUCACCUGUCUCUUCCGACAAACUGCCUUUGCCAUUCUCUUUUCACUCGCGGUUUCCUCUGUCUUGGCAAAAACUGUCAUGGUGGUUCUGGCCUUCAUGGCCACCAAACCAGGAAACAAGUCAAGGAAACUCUUAGGAAAACCACUGACCAGCUCCAUUGUCUUAGCCUGUCCCCUGGUCCAAGCACUUCUUUGUGCCACCUGGCUGAUAACCUCUCCCCCAUUUCCCAACAUGGACUUCCACUCCUUGGUAGGAGAGGCCAUCUUGGAAUGUAACGAAGGCUCAGCUUUGAUGUUUUAUGCUGUCCUUGGUUAUCUAGGUUUCCUGGCCUUCAUCAGUUUAACAGUGGCCUUUCUGGCUAGGAAAUUGCCUGACAGCUUUAACGAAGCCAAGUUCAUUACUUUCAGCAUGCUGGUCUUUUGCAGUGUUUGGAUCAGCUUCCUCCCCACCUACCUGAGCACCAAAGGGAAGUCCAUGGUGGCCGUGGAGAUCUUCUCCAUCUCGGCUUCUGGGGCUGGUCUCUUGGCUUGUAUCUUUUUCCCCAAAUGCUUCGUUAUCUUACUUAGGCCCCAUCUGAAUUGUAGAGAAAAUAUAAUGAGGCACAAGAAUCUCUGA